CCCGGUGCCCGGCUCCUCUGUCCUCUGUCGUCUUCCGGGCGCCCUCUCGGCUCUCGCUCUCGCCCAACGCCCCAACCCCCAUCUUCCUUUCUUUCCCUGACGUCGUUAAUUUUUCGCCCCCAUCUUUGAACGAUCAUUCGGUCCCCGUCCCCUUCCCGGCUUUCCCUCGGUUCCUCCUCCCACCCAUCCUGCCGCUCCUAGAAAGCCUGUCCCGCCGCGGCAGCCACAGCACGCGGGACAUACACGCGGCGCUGCUUCCCUGUUCCCCCCUCCCUGGCGGACGGAGGGGAAGGGCCCUAGAGGCGGAGGAGGCUCCAUGGCGAAGCUGUACGUGCAGGCGGUGCCGCCGGCGGAUCUGAACAAGAAUACCGAGUGGUUCAUGUACCCUGGCGUCUGGACGACCUACAUACUCAUCCUCUUCUUCUCCUGGCUCCUCGUCCUCUCCGUAUUCGGUUGCACCGCAGGCAUGGCAUGGACCGUCGUCAACCUCUUCCACUUCGCGGUAACUACGCUGUGGAUGAUCACAUACCACUUUUUCCAUUGGAAGAAGGGAACACCUUUUGCUGAUGACCAGGGAGUGUACAAUACAUUGACUUGGUGGGAGCAAAUGGAUAGUGGUCAACAGCUUACUCGUAACAGGAAGUUUCUCGCUGUGGUUCCUGUAGUCCUGCAAGCACACCUGGUUCACAUCACAUACAAUGUGAAUACUGAAUACAGAUCUAGAUAUUUGAUUGCGUUGCACACCACAGACUACCAACAUCCUAUGCUCUCCCUCAAUACUCUAGCAGUGACCGUGCUUGUGGUUGCCAAGCUACCAAACAUGCAUAAGGUCCGGAUUUUUGGAAUAAACGGCGGGAUUUAGGCAGUCAUUCUUUUGCAGACAACUACCUCUGCCCUUUCCAGAAUGGCCUGAUGUUUUUCAACCUGUGCUACUUAAAUGGGCUUAAAAGUCAUUAGCAGAUGGGUUGUAGUAAUUGUAUAGAGAUGCUCAAAGUCUGGAAAUGAUGCUGCUCUACAUCUGAUGUACACGAAUUCUGUAGACUCUUACUGCUGCUAUAUGCUUUGAUGCAAGCAUCUGUCAGUUGCUGCAUGUACAGCGGUUUCCUUGACAUCUAUAAUUCAUGGCAGGAAUCUCAGUGA